GCUGUGGUUGAACGUCGCAAUGUUAAGAUUGAGGUUGUGAACGAGUCGCUAUUGAACGCAGGGCGCGUAUUUCGAGAUUCUCGGAGAUCACAUUACACGCGGGUCCCGGCGCGAAGUCUCUCUUUAGGCGUUAUGAAGAACCCCAAGACGUUCGUAGAAGAGUGGUGCACCGAUGAUAGUGUUGCGAUGAUUAUUCAGUACGAUCGCCGCCAGAUCCAGUUCUUCUUCAACUCCUCGCGAGAAAAAUACAAGCUCGAGUUUUCGUUCAAAGACAUGACAAACGGCGAACUGCUGAUGGAGCGCGACGGUCCCUCGACAUACUUUACGAUCCAGCUCAAGUUCCCAGCACGUUUCUGGCGAUCGAAUCAGUCAGCCGUCCAUGAUACCAAGCUGGUUGCCACUGUCGGAAACCAGUGGGAACGAAUCUUGACCAUUCCUGUGAGAGCUGGGUCUUCGUCUAGUGCAGGAAGUAGUGGACGAAAGGCACCGGUGAACCUCCACCCGGAUACUGGGAAGGCGCGUUUGGGCAUGUGGACAACCUAUCGGAUCAAAUUCGCCCCUGAGCGGCGUGCACAAAAGCUUUUUGAGGAAAUGCUUGUCGAGGCUAGCGAAUACAACCUGGUGCCUCGCGACACUCGUUUGCUGCUGCCCAUCCUUAGUGUGGUCCGGCCGAGUUCACUACCAACACCAAGGUUGCACAACGAUCGAGCUCAAAUAUUGUCAUUCGAAGUUCUAUACAUGCUUGAAUCGCUGAUCCUCUCGUACCAGUUUGGCGAGUACAACCUCGACGACGAGUUUUACGAGACUAUCAAGGAGCUGGAUCCGCAGAUCGCAAUUGGUAUUUUUGAUAUCUUGUGGGCGUCGAAGCAGCGUGCGUGGGAGCCCCUUCAGGCGAUCAAGCGGAUCUUUAACGAAAUGGGUGUCAAGGUUCGGCACAGAAGGCGUAUUCCCGAGCACUGUGCUAUGAUCCGCAAGAUCCUUGUUACCCCAACCACCGUGUACGUACAACCACCCUCUAUCGAGACCACCAACCGUGUCGUUCGACAUUAUCGCGAGCAUGCCGAUCGCUUUGUUCGCGUGCAGUUUUUGGACGAUGGCAUGAGCAAGGUCAGCGCUUCACACCAAAAGACCGGCAGCGACGCCAUCUACAAACGUAUCUACAAGGCACUCCAAAGCGGAAUCCAGAUUGGUACACGACGCUACGAUUUCCUCGCCUUUUCAAGCUCGCAACUACGUGACCAUGGUUGUUGGUUCUUUGCGCCAACGAAAGACCUCAGUGCGAACAAAAUUCGAAAUUGGAUGGGCUCAUUCCGCAAGGAGAAAAUUGUUGCCAAACAUGCCGUCCGUAUGGGCCAGGUAAAACGGUCGUUCAAAGCUCCUAUUUUGGUGAACACAAGUGGCUAACGGUGAAAGGGAUCAUGUUUGUAGUGUUUUAGUUCAACUCGACGUAUUACCGAGCUGGAGCACGACGAGGUCAAGUACAUUG